UUAUUUUUAAAGGCCAGUUAUUUCAUGGAUCUAGGAGCAAUACAUGCAUUCAAACUUUCUUUAUAGGUCAGGUCAGCACUUUCUCCCUAAAGUUACAUGGGUGAGAUAACCUAUUUUGCAAAAAUAAGUGAACUGCAUUUUAAGGGUCAUAGCGCUCAGGCGGUUUCUUCUCUCUGGCUGAGCGACGUAGACUUUGAGAUGCUGCAUGUAAUUAAAUGUAUUACCAUCACAUACAAAAAACUCAGGAUAUAAUCUAAUGAAAUAUGAUUUUCAAACCCUCACCCCCAUUGGGCUGUACCAUUUCUCUGGUACGUUCAGACUGUGUGUUCUUUGCUAUGAUAUAAUACUGACGAAUUAAAACAAAUGCAUAGUGUAGGCUGCAAAAGCCUGAUAUGACAAGCGGUGGCCAACUGGCCAUACAUUUGUCUAAUAUUUCACUGCCUUUGUAACAUAGUGAUAGCCAACCUUAGAAAAACAUUGAGUAGCAAGAUCGCUAUGGUUUAACCGGAGGUCUCCCUUCCACUCAGCGGCCACGACCAUCGCUGCUGCUUAGCUUAAAAAUCAGGCCUACAAUCACACCCCAUAGGAGGAGUUCCAUAGAUAUACUGACACGGGGAGAGGUUUCAUGAGGCGAUUUAUCAUUUUGUGCAAUUUCACUCUUAAUGUUUUAACAAGAGGGAAUCUGCACUAAUAUUCAGGGAAUUUCACAUGAAGAUGGUUCUCAACCUUUUUUAAGCAAAUGCCCAUACACCCAUAAUUGCAACUUUACCUGCAGUUUGUUUGAAACGCUAGGUGAACAUAUAAUAAUCAAUUGGACCUGAAAUGUCUUUCUUUGUUGCCAUUAUUAGAGAUCAGCCUUUCUUAAAAGCGUAUUGCUGCACAAACGUUUUGUGAUAGAACACCAGGCGCACAAUCCAUAGGCUACAUUAUAUUAAAUGUCUAGGCUAAAUAACGUGAAUAUAUUUGUUUUCCAACCGUGAACAAGUGAUUUUUUUAUUUGCUUGACGUUUGGUAGGCUAUCCAAGAAAAAAGAAUCAAAUGAACCAAAGGCAAGCCUUGUAUUAGGCUAGGAACUUGGCUAUUAAACGGGAGACUUUCUGUGGCCCAUCUGUAAACAAUUCUGGGUCUUAAAUGUAAGUAGUAUGUUUGCCAUUUCCGUGCUAUUGGUCUAUGCAUAUGUUUGCAUUGCACUGCUAUACCAAAAAAUAUUUUUUGACCGUGGCGCGCAAUUUUACGCACGGGGCGCACCUUGAAACAGUGUUUACCCAAAUUCAACCCUUCCCAUAACGUGCAAGGUAUAUUGUGCUUGCUAGUAUGUAGUUUCUUUUAACUUGUCGACCAGCCAGCCACGGUCAUAUGACCUAUAUUUCGAAGGUAAUUUGACUGUGAACCACAAGUGUGAAAUCAUGUGUAAGCCUAUAUAAAAUGGAGAGUGACAUCACCAGUCGAAAUAGCUGUACCCCCGAAGCCCACGGUAUAAUUCGAACACUGCUCGUCACUGUCCAUGUGCACAGGAUCAGCAUCCGCUGACAUGUUGUCCUGGAUCACACAGGGUUGGGCUGAUUUGUCAGUGGUUGCACAGUCAAUAUUCAGAUCCAGUUCGUCGGCUGUGACAUGAGAUCUCAACUGAUCCCCAUGUCUCCUGUACAGCCACACAAUUUGAAUUAAGGCAGAAAUAAAAUAAUGUUUUUUACGGUUGGCUACUUUUCCCAUUUGUCUUAUGUUAUUUUUGUCAACAUUUACUUUUUACAGCUGUUAACACAAAUGGUUAUUUUCCCUCAUUAUGAAUUGAAAAACUAAUGAGUUAUUAGUUCCGAGUUUUACUUUGAUUCCGAGUUUUAUUUUGAAGGAUUAUCGAAUGGCGGCCGGAAUUGUGAUUGUUGUCGCUGAGUCCACGCAGUCAAAGCCGCAGGCACAGACAGGAAAAUUGUAUGCAAUCCAGCUCGGGACAACAAUCGUAGCCUAGAUGUUGGUAUAAGACAUAUAUUGCAGGGAUAAACACUGUUUAAAUCAGAUACAAACACCAAAUCAGCCGAUCUAAGUUGACGGAGCAGCGAACUUGUCGGAGAAGGGUAGCUUGGGCCGCCGCUCUCACCACGCAGCACUCCAAAGCAAUUCAGCUUUGGGUAGGCUAGCGACAUUGCCAGCAGCGGCACUGAAGGCAAUUUUACACUUUGUACGGGAUCAUCUUUGUUCUGCUAGCAACAUGGAUCUCGGACCUCCAUUUAGUUCUGGCUGUGCAGAAACGCAGCAGGUUGAUCUGAGAGUGAUGGUGAAAGAAGAAGAGAUAAAGAACGAGGAAUGUGGUCAUGUGAUUUCAUGCACAGAUGAAGAUGAAAAGCCCUUUGCACAUCCUCGCUGUAGCGCUGAAGCAGACGACGCAGAGUCCAGCGUUACUGACGAUGAAACACAACAGACAACCGCGGAGAUCGAAGUGAAGAUAGAAGAAGAGGAACAACAUGAACAUCUGCUGGAAAGUGUAUCUGAACAUCCACAUAUAACGCAACAGAAGAUCCAUGGACAGAAUGAUGAAAUCAACCUGCAACUCAAAGGAAGGCCGCACCACUGCACAGUCUGCAGGAAGAGUUUCACGACCCUCACUAAACUCAAGAAACACCAGAAGACGCAUUCUAUUCACAACAGGCGACAUAAAUGUAUUUAUUGUGGAAAAGCCUUUUCACAAAUUUCAACUCUUAAAAUCCAUUUACUAAGACACACUGGAGAGAGACAUCAUGGAUGUGACCAAUGUGGAAAAGCUUUUACCCACCUUUCAUAUCUUAAAGCCCACAUGCUCAUACAUACUAAAGUGAAGCCUCAUAAAUGUAUCCAGUGUGGAAAAGCUUUUACCCAAAGUUCAACUCUCAAAAGCCAUUUACUAAUACACACUGGAGAGAAACAUCAUGAAUGUGUCCAGUGUGGAAAAGCUUUUACCCACAACUCAACUCUUAAAAAACACAUGUUCAUGCACACUGGAGACAAGCCUCAUAAAUGUGCCCAGUGUGGAAAAGCUUUUGCACGAAGUUCAAAUCUUAAAAGCCACAUGCUAAUACAUACUGGUGAGAAGCCUUAUAAAUGUGACCAGUGUGAAAAAGCUUUUUCACAUAGUUCAUGUCUUAAACGCCAUAUGCUAAUUCACACUGGAGGGAAACCUCAUCAAUGUGUCCAAUGUGGAAAAACCUUUACACAACACACAACUCUUAAAAACCACAUGCUCAUGCACACGGGAGAGAAGUCUCAUAAAUGUGCCGAGUGUGGAAAAGCUUUUCCACGAAAAUCAACUCUUAAAAGCCACAUACACUUACAUAUGGGAGAGAAGCGUCAUAAAUGUGUCCAGUGUGGAAAAGCUUUUUCAGAAAGUUCAGCUCUUAAAACCCAUAUACUAAUACACACGGGAGAGAAACAUUAUAAAUGUGUCCCGUGUGGAAAAGCUUUUAGACACCUUUCAACUCUUAAAACCCACAUGCUCAUACAUACUGGAGAGAAGCCUCAUAAAUGCGUCCAAUGUGGAAAAGCUUUUUCACAAAGUUCAGGUCUUAAAAGCCAUUUACGAAUACACACUGGAGAGAAGCCUCAUGAAUGUGCCCAGUGUGGAACAACUUUUACACACCUCUCAACUCUUAAAAACCACAUGCUCAUGCACACUGGAGAGAAGCCUCAUAAAUGUGCCCAGUGCGGAAAGGCUUUUACACUAAGUUUCAAUCUUAAUAAGCACAUGCGAAGACACUCUGAAGAGAAGUCUCAUGAAUGUUCUCAGUGAGUCAAGUUGUCACAAGCAACUUCUAAAACCAGAAAUUCAAGGUCUCAGUAGCAUACAGACAUCACACACAACAUUAAAUAACAGCAGAAAAAGUAAUUAAAAGUAUAUAAUAUAAAAAACACAACAAGCAAUAAGGACAGUAGAAGAUGCAACUCCUAAAACCAGUACGCUGUUACACACUGGAAGUAAACCUCCUAAAUGUCCCUUGUCUGAAAAGGUUGUUCAACGAGUUUCAGGACCCUGACAGAACUUGAGAAACAUCAGAAGACACACUCUGGCUGUGUCUUAAAUGAUACAAAUCUCAGCUUCUAAGAUAGUGUUCGAUGGCAGCAAGGCAUCAUGAUGUGCGACCUGUCCGAAUCUCAUAUUCAUAAGUCCACACUAGUCUAAAUUAGUUUUGAUAUGAAUUUGUGGAACAAAUCCGAUCCGCGUGCACAAACACCGUAGCAGUUUUGCGCCGUUUCCCACAGAUUUUGAUUUAAUUUGUGGUAGUAGUUGACUUGGACAAUGGGGGAAAAACGCAAAUCUCACGACCAUCAACCCCUUGUCAAGACCCGUAUGUUACUGUUGCUAGGCCAGAUGAACACUGGCCAUGCAGCAUUAAAACUCGUAAUUCUUAUUCUUGAAAAUCAUGACAAACGUACAGUCACCAAGUAUGGGUACGAGAGAAGAAUUAAUCACCAGAUCAAAUCUGCAAACUACUACUCCGGGAGGCGUUACAGGUCUCUCCUCACCCGAAACAGCAGGUUUAGAGGCAGGGCCGCAGUGGGGCCACUUUUCAGCCCGGGAGUUUCAGGUCCAAGACCAGCCCACUUUUUUUUAGUGCUGGUGGAAAUUGGAUAAAUAAAACAACAG